GUCUUGGUUACUAUGAAAUCGUGGACUGUCCUGAUUCUUUCUGUAUAUCGCCAGGAAAAUCUUCCAGUUAAUCUCCAGUCUGCCACUUCAAACAUCAGGGCAGCUCUACAGUCCCAACUGCCUGACAUAAACAGUUACAUUGUAGAUCCAAUAUUCGCGGAAGAAAGUGCACCACAAGCAUCCACAAGGCUUGUCAACUAUCGCUUCCAAGUACAUUUUCCAACACAUUUAUUAGAAAGUGUGGCAAGACUGUUUAAAGACGACAGCCUCGGUUUCAGAUACCUUUUGAGAAACGGCGGCUACCAGAGAACUUCCACUGCAGCUCUGGCAACAUACUGCUUAAAAGAGACGAGGCCGACCGAGCGGAAUGGUCAAGUCAUAUGGCCAUUUACGAAAGCAGGAAACACCCGACCUUCUAGCACGAGGUGUGAAGUGGGAGACAAAUUACUACCGGGCAUCUGUCGCUGGAAUUACACCCACGGUGGGUCCCUUGAAUUUGAUGCCUCUAAAUGUGACAGGUUUGAUGCCUGUCCUCGAGGCUACUACCGCAUCUCCAAUGACCUAUGCAUCUCCUUUACAUCUCCAGGCGACUGGGAAUCAGGGCUAGCUGAGGCAUACAAGACUGGCCACGAAAGAAGUAUAUUGGAUUCAUGGUCAUUUCAUAAUUCUGGAAAUCAGGGAGAAACAACUGUAUAUAAUCUGCUGAAAGAAGUAAUGAAGGGAGUAUGUUGGCCAUUCUAUACUCUGGCUUCCGGUAAGAAGAUUAGUACCUCGAGGGCCUUUGGUGUUUGUUGGUCCUGGAACUUCCUACUUUCCUUAUAGACGCUAUCAGGGAUCUCCUCUCUU